AAAAAGCAUCCCGAAAUGGUCUGGCCCUUGUCCUGUCCGAACCAGUUCCUGAGCUGACUGGACAUGGAAAUUUUUGCGGUGCGGCGGAGUCAGUGAUAUCGCGAGACUUGUCAGUUCAUGAUGUAAACAAUGGGCGGGUCCGGUCUUCGUUUCGAGUUCAAUCAUGAUGUCUGCCGAACCGGAUCCCGGAGCUCUGGUCACACCCCAAAUAUGGGGUUCAACUGAUCCUUUUCUCUUUCCUAGCUUAAACUAUAGUUUGUUGGAUUCUCCGUCCCAUUCCUCUCCCUUUUUGUCUCUCUUUGCUUUUGCUGGGCUGCUGGGCAGACAACGUUCAUUUCGACUUUCCUGUCCAGUCAACCCUGUCUUUCCCAUGGUGAUGCGCGAACACAUGGACCGUGAAGACCUCUAACCAAGUUCACUCUUUCUCAGCAGGGUCACCAUGUUUCGUUACUAAGGAGUCCACAUAACCACCAUAUACCGGGUAUAUUUUCUAUCACUACAACAGACCGGGUACACAUUCCGUCCAUCACAAACUCCAUCGCCACCGUAACCAUGGCUGCAGGUUGGACACUCCAAGACAUGCCGGCCAUGAUGCCGCCGGAGGGUCAGAUACCCAAUUUUGUCAAUCCGGAAACCAUGCAUUCUAUAGUCCUAGGGGUUGCCAUCGGGACCAUGGUCUUAAUGGUUAUAGCACUUGUCGUACGAAUCUUUACCAAGGCUUUCCUUCUACGAGAGGUCAAGCUUGAGGACUACUCCGCCAUCUUGGGCACGGCUGGCAUCAUCCUUUGGGAAGUCAUUUUCAUCUAUCAAUCGAAGCAUGGCUUCUCCCGUCAUCUCUGGAACGUCCGCUUCGUCGACAUAUCGAAUCUCUCAUACUGGAACUAUCUCGCCGAAAUAUCCUAUGCUUCCACCAUGUUCCUCGCCAAAUCCUCGAUUCUCCUCCAGUUCAGGCGCAUCUUCUGCCCCGGCUCUCGAAGGGAUUCCAUCUGGUGGUGCAUCCACAUCCUCCUUUUCCUUAACGCCGGCCAUUCGUUUUCCGCCAUCUUUACCUACACCUUCCAGUGCACGCCCCGCGAGAAGGCAUGGAAUCCCUUGAUGGAGGGGCAUUGCAUCAACAUUGCUGCAGCAAUUAUCUUUGGAGGAGCCAUGAAUCUGUUCCUGGAUUUGGGCAUGUUGAUCACCCCUAUUUGGGCAAUUUUUCGCUUGCAAUUGCCUAUGAGGAGGAAGGUUGGCGUUUCGGCGGUGUUUGCCGUCGGUAUCUUGACCUGCGCUAUAGCAACCGUUGGCGUCGUCGUCCGCAUCCCCCUCCUUUCCGACCCUGACCUAACCUGGAUCAUUACAAAAGUCGGAAUCUGGACCAUGAUCGAGUACUGCGGCACCAUUCUCGUUGGCUGUAUGCCUUCGUUUCCCCGCUUCUUUCUCUUCCUGCGGGGCAAAGAACCAUCGAUCACCAACAAUGCGACCCGUGGCUCUUACACCACCCGAUCAAGACCAAAGACAGCCGGAAGCACAAAGUCGAUCGCGACAGGGAAGAGGCCAUGGACGGGACACAGUCACUCUAUGAGCACCAGAACUGUGAACUCGCAUACAUACAAGGACUCUAAUGCGACGACAGCCGUGGGAGUCGCCAGUCCUCAGUCCCAUUCAGCAAAGAGGCUUAUUUCCCCGCCUCAAAGCAUUACCUCCAGCAACACCUUUGUCAGCCCGAUAAGCCCGAUGUCUCCGGUCUACGGGUCGCCAAUCAACAACAGCUAUAACAGCAGAAGGAGGGACUCGGAAAUGGAAAUGGGCCUCCACGUAGGAGUCGGCAUCGCCAUAUCGACCGACCGCUACGAAGAACCUUUCGCUAGCUCACCUCGCAUACCGCGCAGGCCAAGCUACGGCCACAGCUACGGAGAUUUGGAAACAGGAUACGGAGGAUAUGGUCCAGGGCCAGGGCCAGCGGUGACAAGACCGCGACAAGCCAGCCACGGCACAAUAAGGAGUAACAGAAGUGUACAGUCGCAAACGCAGAGAUAUCACAGCAGGUGGAACUCUUCGGUAUCAGCGGCGUCGGAUAUGUCGGGGUCAUUUGGUGGUCGGUAUGGGAUUGGGACGUACUAUGAGGAGGCGAGUGGGGAGGAUGAUUGGUCGCCUUUGGAUGGUUCGAAUGGAGGAUAUUGCCUGCCGGGCGGGAUGAUUUAAUGGGGUGUCUGCGCUGGACGUAGGCGAAUUUGCAUUGACGGGAAAAAUGAGAAUCAAGUUACAAGGGCCUUUUCCUUUUGUCCGUUGGUAUACUGCACUAAGCUACCGGAUUUCAGCACUGUUUGUUUUUUUUCUCUUGCUCCAAUAUGAUACCCUCCUAUUUCGGCCUUUUGAACAUUUGAUUGAAUGUAUUCUUAUGGUGAAUUUUCAUGUGACUGUGCCUUAUGUUCGCAACAGAGAUCAAUCAGCAAGGACAAAGGACAUGUUUGGUGUCAAAGGUACAACGCAGCAGAUGGACACUCGAGCAUAAUGAC